UCCCAGUAUGCUGAACUGCACCAGAUUCUCACUGAGAAAGAGCAGCGCACACUGGCAGAUAUCCGGGAGGAAGAGAAGAAGAUUCUGAAUACAAUGGAGAAAAAUCUUGGAAAGAUUCAAGAUAAUUUAAGUUCCAUUCAGGAGAAACUCUUAAAGUUGCAGCAACGGAUGGAUCAAAAAGACAGUGUGGUGUUUCUGAAGGAGGAAGUUGGUCGCAAGCAAAGGGUUCGUGAUAAAGCCAAACCACUGUCGGUGGUAGAUGUUAACUUGCUGAUUGAAAAAUUUGAUAAUCCUUUUUUGUACAACACGGUAUUGGCAGAAACACCUGAUGGCAUCAAGCAAGUCUCCGUCACCCUGGAUGUGGAAACAGCGCAUCCGGAGCUCGAGGUGUCUGAGGAUCGGAAGAGGGUGAGAUGGACCGAGACCCGGAGGAGUCUCCCUGACACCGGGAAGAGGUUUACAAUUAGUCCGUGUGUGCUGGGAUCGGAGGGAUUCACAUCGGGGAGACAUUACUGGGAGGUGGAGGUGGCGGAGAGUCGGGGCUGGAGUCUGGGAGUUGCCGCAGAGUCUGUGGAGAGGAAGAGAGGCGUCACACUGACCCCGGAGACUGGAGUCUGGAGCAUCAGGCGUUGGGGGGGUGACGAGUUUGAAGCAUUCACCUCCCCUCCAUCCGCUCUCCCCGCCCGUCCCAUCCCCGGGAGGGUGGGAGUUUAUCUCAGUUACGAGUCCGGGACAGUUUCAUUUUACAACAUGGACACCAAGUCCCAUCUCCACACCUUCACUGGGAAUAAAUUCAUGGAGAAACUUUAUCCUUUCUUCGGGCCUUGGGAUGGAAACUGGCUGAGAAUCAGCUCCGGUUCCGCACCGGGUGUGUAAAAAAAAUGUAAAUGUGGGAAGAGUGAAAUAAACUGUAACUUAAAUCAGA